AUGGAAAUCAACGUCGAUGUCAUCAUCGUCGGCUAUGGGCCUGCAGGCGCCGUUUUGGCCUCCCUAUUGGGUCAAAGAGGUCACCGAGUCGCUGUUUUGGAGAAAUUUCCCAGCCCUUAUAAUCUGCCCCGGAUGAGCACCCUUGAUGGUGAAAUCGCGCGUGUGCUACAACACACCGCAGACCCUGAGAAGGCGCUCGAGGACUCGUUACCGCAGCCUGCAGCAUACCUAUAUGGAGCGGAUGGUGAGCUCGUCAGCCGCGCAGACUGGAACACUGUUGUCUGCGGACACCCUGAAAGGCUGAGUCUGCAUCAACCGAACAUCGAAUCCGCCAUGCAUACUCGUGUCGACAGCUGCUCGUCGGUUCAAGUGUUUUGGGGCACGGAAGCCACGGCUAUUGAUAAUCUUGAGGACCACGUGGUCAUCACUGCUACGAAAGUAGCAAGCGAUGAUACCAAUACUCCAGCUGAGGAGUUCAAAGUGCGUGCCCGCUACGCGGUUGGCAUGGAUGGAGGAUCGAGCUUCGUCCGCGAGGCGGUGGGCAUCAAGAUGGAGGUGCUGAAAGUCCACGAUGAUGAGUGGCAGCUAACCGACUACGAUAUUCUUGAUCCCGCCGUAGAGGCCACAAGAACGGAGGUGCAUAUGGACGUUCCACGCCCCUACUAUUGGGGACCAAACGGAGCUCGCCGCUGUCGUAUUGAUAUGAAACUCCUUCCGGACGACGGGCCUGAGGUUAGAACGCAUGCCGCAGCCCUCGCCUACCUAAAAGAGAAGACUGGGAUUUUACCGGAGGCGGUACGCAUCACGAGGCAGGUCAUCUACAGAUUUCGCUCGGCGAUCGCCCAAUGUAUGCGGGUAGGAAACGUCUUUAUUGGCGGCGACGCAGCCCAUCUGAUGACCCCCGGUAUGGCACAGGGCUGCUGCAGUGCGAUCCGCGACGGUAUCAACCUUGCAUGGCGUCUUGACCUGGUCCUGACCUCCCGCGCAAACGCAGCCAUCCUCGAUAGCUACGGACCCGAGCGCCUGGGACACGUUACGCCCCUCGUACAAGGGUCUAUUCUAGGCUGGCAGAUGACAACGGAGACCGAUCCGGCCAAAGCUGCUACUCGCGAUAACUUUAUUCGAGCAGGGCUAGCGCCAGCGCCGCCUAAGCCAACUCUCACGACAGGCAUCCUUCAACGAACAGCUGAUAACCUCGCCCAGCUAGCAGGCACGUUAAGCCCUCAAGGACGUGUGCGGAUUGAUGGGCGCGAAGGGCUUCUUGACAGCCUAGUCGGCUUUGGAUUCCAGUUAGUGAGCCGGAUCCCCGUUGACGCUCUGCUGUCGCCUGCUCAGCAAGAACUACUCGACAAGCUCGGCGCCCAUAUUGUGGUCCUUGGAUCUGAAGCCGCCGUCGACCUCGAUAUGACCUACCAAAAUUAUCUGGAAGCGCAUGGACUAGUGGCGUACCUGAGCCGGCCCGAUUUCUAUAUAUUUGGGACCGCAGCUACUGCAGAUGAUAUUCCCGUGAUGGUGGACGCCUUGGCCAAGCAACUCGCCCAGCCGGUACCAGAUACAGAACAACUUUCUGCAAUCGAUGAGCCUGUCACACUACCUGGGGCCAAAUUUGUGCACAAGACUAUCCCGGCGCUCGAAUUCACGAUCCACUAUGCGGAAGCAGGGCCAUCCAAUCCAGCCGGGACAAUCGUCUCGAUACCAGGAUCCGCAGGUCUGGAGAUGUCCACGGCGAAGGAUCAGCUCGCGGGGCGAUAUCGAGUCUUGGAGGUGAACCCUCCUGGCUGGGGCGAUCAGACGGACGUCUCACGGCCCAUGCCCCAGAGCGAGAUCGGUGUGAUUCUAGCUCGGGCGGUUGAGCAGUUGGUGGAUGGGCCGUUCGUGCUGAUUGCCACUUCCAUGGGCGGCGGGAACGCGAUGUACCUUGCUUCACAGAUGCCCGAUCGUGUGCGCGGUAUCAUUCUCGAGGGAUCGAUGACCCCCUGUCGGCCGCAGGAUCUCCGGCCUAUGUCCACGAGUCAACCGCCCAUCCACCCAAAGAAGCCAUGGGCAACGCAGGCCUAUGUCGCCCAUCAGAUGUCUAAUCGGAUGCGCAUGGUGCAGAACACCCCACCCGAUAUGGAGGCCACACCGGCAAUCACCACGGUGCGUGAACGCGGGAUUCCCGUGCUUAGUUUGGUCGGCGACGCAGACGAGGUGAUGAAGCCAAAUCAGGAGACGGUUCAAGCUGUACUGCCGCAAGCAGAAUUUCAGCUGGUGCCAGAAGGCCGGCACGACUUGCAGAACACAGUUCCCGAGGAGUUUGUUUCCCGUGUAGAGUCCUUAAUCGAUGAGCGGCUCGCGUAG